UUACACAAAUCAAACCUUUCUUUAAAAAAUUAAAAAUGGAGAGAUUCUUCAACAGAGAGAAACCCUAGACGAAUAGAGGAAUCGUGCUUACCACUCUCUUUCUCGAAUCAUCUUCUUCUUCGCGACGAGAUUAAAGAGAGAGACUUUCUUAGUUUCUGUUGAAAUCUCUUAUUUUCGAGUAUCUACUACUGUUCCUACGAGAUUUUGGAAUUGGAAGUCCGAUGACGACGGCGGAAACUGGACAAUCCUCUGGUUCCAAAACCUCUGAUGAUGCAUGGGCUAAACUGGUUCCUCUGGACACUAGAUUCUCAGACAUUGAGAUUAAGAGCAAUGAUAUGGUAAUAUGCUCUGAGAUUAAACCAUCUUCAGUAGAGAGACAUGAAUGGUGCAGAAUAACUAAGAAUUUGGGUCAAGGUUCUGCUACUAUACAUAAUAAGAGUUCGGAUGCUAUACUUGUUGACGAGGCUGUCAUCCCGAAAGAUGGUGCUGUCGAUAUCAUUAGUGGAUCUGAAAUUGUUCCUGGCCCUGAAGGUCAAGAUACAGAAGCUGAAGUUUCAGACAUUAUUUCAAGUUACUGUUUGUGUUACCUGCAGUACAGAUUUACAAUAAUGCCAGCUCCAGAAUCCAGAACUCAGCUAUUACAGAUUUUAAUAGACCCCGAACAUGCAAAAUGCAGUAUCUGCUUAAACAUAUGGCACGAUGUUGUCACAGCUGCACCUUGCCUUCAUAAUUUCUGUAAUGGCUGUUUUUCAGAAUGGAUGCGGAGAUCGGAGGAAAAACAUAAACAUGUAUUAUGUCCACAGUGCAGAACAACAGUACAAUAUGUGGGGAAAAAUCAUUUUCUAAAAAACAUACAAGAGGAUAUAUUAAAAGUGGAUGCUGCACUGAGACGACCAGCUGAAGAUAUUGCAGUGUUGGACUCAUCUGCAUCUAUACAAUCAAAUCUUAUCAUUGGGAGCAAGAGAAAACGUCGUUUGAAUAUGCCCUCGCCCACACUUGAAGAAAGAGAUAACUUGCGUUUGCAAUGCCCACAAUGUGUUGCUAAUAUUGGGAGCUAUCGGUGUGAACAUCAUGGUGCGCAUCUGCAAUGUCACAUGUGUCAAGGAAUGAUGCCCUUUAGAGCCAAUCUCCAAGUGCCGUUACACUGCAAGGGAUGUGAUAGGCCGUUUUGCGGUGCUUACUGGAGUUCCGAGAAUGUUACACAAGGUGUAUCUAGUCCAGUCUGCGGUCGCGAAACUUUCAGACCUAUCUCAGAACGCACAAUUACAAGGAUUCCAUUCAUAACCCAUGAAAUGAAUCGCCAUGAACAAGAUAUAACGCAAAGAUGCAUUACCCAUAUGGGGAAAACUGUGCCGGAUGUUGUAGCAGAGUGGCUUAGGCUUUUCAACAAUAGAGAAAUCGACCGCUCGAGAAUGCCUCUCAAUCAUGCUGAGAUGAUAACUGCAUCAACACAUGUUUGCAAUGAUUGUUAUGAUAAGCUGGUGGGGUUCCUUUUAUACUGGUUCCGGAUAACACUGCCGAGAGAUCAUUUGCCAGCGGAUGUAGGAGCGAGAGAAGAUUGUUGGUAUGGAUACGCAUGUAGGACACAACACCACAACGAAGAACAUGCUCGUAAACGUAACCAUGUAUGUCGUCCUACCAGAGGGAACCAUCACUUUUAGUCCGCAUUUCGUCUUUCCUCGACAAGCUUUUGAUUGUAUUUUGGGAUAAUCUCUGUAUGAGUACUAGAAACUGUUCAAAAUGGAUAAACUAUAAUCUGAUAUGUACUAUAGAAGAUGAUGUCGGGUCAAAAAAUAUCCAUUUUGCUUUGAUAAAACUAUAAAAGUAAUGAUAUUCUAGAAAAA